AUGUAUAAAUAUGAUUUUCUGAAGGAUGUCAGUCCUGUCAAGGAGGACUGGAGGAUUAAGGUGAAGGUGGUUCGGGCUUGGAAAGUUCCUAACUUUCAACGUAAAGAUCAAGACGACAACGUUGAAAUGGUUUUGUUGGAUGAACAGGGUGGUAGGAUCCACGCCACUGUCAAAGGUUCUUUGCCGGUGCGGAAGAAAAUCCAUGAAGGAGACUGCUAUUUUAUCAAAAAAUUUGGAGUUGGUUUCAAUAGCGAAGUGUUUAGGCCUACCAGGCAUCAGUAUCGUUUGUCUUUCAAUUUGAGGACUGAUCUUAGAUCAAUUGUUGAUUCUAAUAUUUGUGCGAGUGAAUUUGAUUUUGUUGAUUAUGACAUCAUUGAGAAAGAAACAUCUGACUCACCUUAUUUAGUGGACGUCAUUGGUUUAAUAUCAGGAAUUGGUGAAGUUUGUGAACGUGUGGUUUCUGGUAGGAAGACCAAAAUGAUUGUGUUGGAGCUUGACAACCUCAGUCUCACGGCUGAUUGUGUUGAGAGUAGUCUGCGGAUGACUCAGUUGUCUGCUCAGUCAUCCUAUUCUUACGAAAAUGAUUUUCUGAAAGAGACUGAAAAGAAGUCUAUCAGUGAUGUGAAGCUUUGUGGCGAGAUUCUGAAAUCAAUGACAGAAGUGUAUAUAGAAAUCAAUAAUUCCAAUGUGCCUACCACGACUUCUAACAAUGAAGAAUAUUGGGACGCUGGGGAUCCUAAUUUUGUCUGUGACUAUUGUGGAGCAAACAUGUGGAAUGAAGAGAGAAAUAAGAAGGAUCGUAAGCCAAGUACUCCACGAUUUAGUUUAUGCUGUGGCAAUGGAAAAGUUAAACUUCCUUUAUUGAAAACUGCUCCAGAUACUUUGCUUCAAUUGCAUGUUAAUUCAAAUGCAAGGAGCCGCCAUUUUUUGCGAAAUAUUAGAGCAUACAAUAUGAUUUUUUCCUUCACAUCCUUUGGAGCAAAAGUGGAUGGAUCAGUAAAUCAAGGUUCUGGCCCAUACUGUUUUAGAGUUGGGGGGCGAGUUCAUAAUUUAAUGGGUAGUCUUCUCCCAGCUGAUAGUCAGACUCCAAAAUUUGCUCAGCUGUAUAUAUAUGAUACUGACCAUGAAGUGGAUAACAGACUGGGUUGUCUAAGUUCCACGAGUACUGAAGAUAAGCUCGAUCCCGAAAUUAUCCUAUUGUUGAAGCAGAUGUUGGACAAGCACAACAGUAUAGCUCAGUCUUUCCGGUGCGCUAGAGACCGUUAUAAAGAAGAUGACUUUAAUGGUGUGAAGUUGAGGCUUAUUCGAAAGCGUGGUAGUGAUGGAAGAGUUUAUAAUCUUCCGACAUCAUCUGAAGUUGCCGCUUUGAUUGUUGGAGAUAUAGACAGUGUUAUGUGUGAUAGGGAUAUCAUUAUUGAGACCCAAGAUAGAGUACUGCAGCGCAUCGAUGUGAAGCAUCCAUUAUAUCUUGGCUUGCAGUAUCCAUUGUUAUUUUCUUACGGUGAAGACGGUUAUCGCGAUGAUGUCCAGCGUACUUCCGUGUCCAGUGGUAGGACUAAUGCAAGAGCUGUUAUCAGCAUGAAGGAAUUCUUUUCUUUUCGACUUCAGAUGCGAUCAGGAGAGUCAGAAAUUCUCGUUCGAUCAAAGAAAAUUUUCCAACAAUUCCUGGUUGAUGCGUACACUAUGAUUGAGUUUGAACGGCUUAAUUUCAUUCGAUAUAACCAAAGUCAUCUCAGUGCUGAGCUGUACAAAAAUAUAAAACAUUCAUUUGACAGAGGUGAAGAUGCAGCCGUAAAUACUGGAAAGUGUAUCAUUAUACAUACUUCGUUCACAGGCGGACCUAGGUAUAUGGCUGAAAAUUGUAAAGAUGCUUUUGCAAUUUGCCGUUGGGCUGGGUAUCCCCAUCUUUUUAUAACAAUUACCUGCAAUCCUAAGUGGCCAGAAAUCACACGAGUUGUAAAGGCUAGACAGCUUAGCCCUGAAGAUAGGCCUGAUAUUCUAUGCAGAGUAUUCAAGUUCAAAUUAGACGAAAUGUUACAUGAUUUGAGGAAAAAAAAUGUUCUUGGCAAAGUUAUUGCAUAUGUUUGUACAAUCGAAUUCCAAAAGCGCGGACUACCUCAUGCUCAUAUUCUGCUAUUCUUGCACCCUUCAAACAAGCCUGAAAGUGCUUUUGAUAUUGAUAAAUUGAUUUCAGCGAAAAUUCCUGACAAGGAUUCCAAUCCUUUGCUGUUUCAAGCUGUCACAAAUUACAUGAUACAUGGUCCAUGUGGUCCUGAAAAUUACAAAUCUCCUUGCAUGAAGGAUGGACGGUGUUCAAAAAAGUUUCCAAAAAACUUAUGUUCCCGUACUUCUAUAGAUGACGAUGGAUUUCCUCAUUACAAGAGAAGAAAUGAUUCGAGAGUUGUGAACAAAAAUGGUGUUGAACUUGAUAAUCGUUAUAUUGUGCCAUAUAAUGCACAACUUCUUUUAAAGUAUCAGGCUCAUAUCAAUGUUGAAUAUACUUGCCAGAGAAGUGCUAUUAAAUAUCUUUUUAAAUACAUUCACAAAGGGAAUGAUAGAGUAACAGCUGUCGUACAUCACGCAGAAGAUGAAAUCAAAAUGUUUUAUGACUGCAGGUAUGUCUCCGCAUGUGAAGCUGCUUGGAGAAUUUUUGGAUUUGACAUUCAUUCCAGUGAUAAUGCUUCGAUUUCUGAUGUCAAGACAAGGGCGGAGUCUAGACUAUCAAUCUUUGAGUCUUCGAUGGAUGCAAAUAAAAAAUAUCCAGAAGGAAGGCAUCUAACUUAUGCAGAGUACUCGACUGAAUUUGUUUACAAAGACCAAACUCAUGAAUGGAAUCCUAGAAAAAUUGGAUUUUCAAUUGGGAGAAUAAAUCAUUUUUCUGCCAAUAAUGGAGAAGAUUCCUAUCUUCGUACGUUGCUUACUUUUCAAAGAGGGUGUACUAGUUAUGAAGAUGUUAGAACAAUCAAUGGCGUGCUUUUUCCUGCAUUUAAGGAUGCCUGCUAUUCUUUAGGACUUCUAGAUGAUGACAAUGAGUAUAUUGAUGCAAUUAAAGAGACAAAUUCAUGGGGUUCUGCUGCUUAUCUUAGAUCUCUGUUUGCUCUAUUGUUAUUUGCCAACUCAAUGAACAGGCCUGAAAAAGUUUGGGAAGAGUGUUGGAAAUUUUUAUCCGACGAUGUUCUUUAUCACCAUAGGAAAAGAAUAGGGCUUCAAGGAGAAAAGCAUGAAAAACUAUUGAAUUCCCUCACUGAUGAGCAGAGAGUUGUAUAUGACAAAAUCAUUUCGGCAGUUACACCAGGUAAAGGAGGGUUAUUCUUUCUAUAUGGAUUUGGUGGUACAGGAAAAACAUUUAUGUGGAAUACUCUUUCAGCAUUUGUUAGAUCAAAAGCUGAAAUAGUACUUAAUGUUGCUUCUAGCGGAAUUGCUUCCCUUCUGCUUCCUGGAGGACGAACAACACAUUCUAGAUUUCGUAUUCCUAUUCAGAUCAAUGAGGAUUCAACGUGUAACAUCAAGCCAAAUUCUACUAUAGCAGAGUUGCUGUCAAAAAUGAAGUUAAUCAUUUGGGAUGAAGCACCAAUGGUGCAUAGAUUUUGUUUUGAGGCUCUGGAUAGAACACUUAGAGAUGUUCUUAGAUUUUCUGACACGAGCUGCGUUGAUAUGCCAUUUGGUGGAAAAAUUGUAGUUCUAGGCGGUGACUUUCGGCAAAUAUUACCUGUCAUUCCUCACGGCAGCAGACAAGAGAUAGUAAAUGCAACCAUAAAUUCCUCUCAUCUAUGGUUCUAUUGUCAUUUAUUAACUUUGACCAAGAACACGCGUCUUAAUUCUGGAAGUACCACUGAUGAUGUGAAGGAAAUAAGAGAAUUUUUUGAGUGGCUACUUAAAGUUGGGGAUGGUGAUCUUGGAGAUGAUGAAGAUGGAGAAUCUAUGAUAACAAUUCCAGAUGAAUUGUUGAUUACAGCAUCAGAUGAUCCCGUUUCAGAUAUGGUUAAUUUUGUUUAUCCGAAUCUCUUGGAUAAUAUUUUAGAUCCAACGUUUUUCAAAGAACGUGUUAUCUUAACUCCUAAAUUGUCCGAUGUUGUUAUGCUGAACGAGCACCUGAUGUCGAUGAUUCCUGGUGAAGAAAGGAUAUUUUUGAGUUCUGAUAAAAUUCUGAAGCAAGGUGUGGCUUCCUCUGUUAAAGAUGACGAAUUCACACCUGAGAUCUUAAACACAUUAUGUGUUCGGGGAUUCCUGAUCAUAAAUUAA